UAACUCCCUCCCUCCUUUUCUAACGCUGACCCCUCCCCCACUCCCACCCUCUCUCGCCCGAUCCCAGGAACGCGCGAGACGCCAGGCUACCAUUUGCAACUGCCCGGGAGUGCAGAGGGGAGCGGCGGCGGGUGCCAGCGGGGAGGACUCUUUCCCCGGGAGCCAUGCAGUGAUUCUCCCUGGAUAACCCGGGACUCGCAGACGGGUCGGAGCGAGGAGUCGUAGCUUCAGAGGAUGCGUCCAUGGGCCAGCUAAAACCCGGAGGCGGCCGCGGAGGUGGCUGUGCGAGCGGAGAAGCCCCGGGAAGCUGCGGCUGGGGAUCGUGGCUUAAUUGAGGGGGGACCCCCCGGAACCGGCAUUUUUUUCACCUGCAGCGCUGCCCUUGCUGGGAAGGUGGGGGGGGGUUUGGGAGGGGGGAGGGUGGGAGUUGUAUUUCUCCGUCCCGUUCAGCCUCUGCCGGCGGGCCCUCGGACCCCGUUCCUCCGGGCUGCUUCCCAUCUGGAUUUUUCUGCAUGGAAAAUCCCCGGCCCUGAAAUACGGACGGGCCCAGUGCCCGCAGCCGCCUUGCAUUCGUGCCUUAUCCGGGGGACUGUCCCCACCCCCAAGGCUUGCCUCCACCGGGUCGCGGAGGGAGAGGCGUUACGGCCGCGUCCCUGGAAUCCCUCCCUGCCUGGAGUGGUGUAGGUCAGCCUGGUUGCUUUUCACGGGACAAGAGACAUGGGUUUGCACGUUUCUUUCGGUGACUGAUCCAGUGCCUAGGUCGAGCCCACAUUUUAUGUCUUUGGCUUUGCCCCCCCCUUACCCCCUCCUCGCGCCUUCGGAAAUUGGGAUGCCCCCAAAGUGAGUGGAGACCGGUUUGAGACGUCCAGCCCUUGGAUUGCCACAGCCCGCAGCCGAUCCGAGGAUAUUAUUGCACAACCCGACUGAGAGGAAACCGUGCUGGGCUCUCUCGGGCCCCUCCCCGCCUCCGUCUCCCUCUCCUUCCCUCUGGAGUCCCCAUCGCCUGCCCGCGGGGCUCCUUGGAUGAUCUUCCUGGGAAAGAGAACCCGCCAGGGCGAGGGUCAGGGCGCCGGGGCAUUCUCCGUCCCCUCUUCCUUCCAGUAAAGAGGACAGCUCUAGAGAUUGGCCGGACACCCGAAAAAUGUCCGCGAAGGAGAACCCUUGCCGGAAAUUUCAGGCCAACAUCUUCAACAAAAGCAAGUGUCAGAAUUGCUUCAAGCCCCGGGAAUCUCAUUUGCUCAAUGAUGAAGAUUUAAACCAGGCAAAACCUAUUUAUGGUGGUUGGCUGCUUCUCGCUCCAGAAGGGACUGAUUUUGAUAAUCCUGUACACAGGUCUCGGAAAUGGCAGCGGAGAUUUUUCAUCCUCUAUGAACAUGGACUUUUGCGCUAUGCUUUGGAUGAAAUGCCUACAACCCUUCCUCAGGGCACCAUCAACAUGAACCAGUGCACAGAUGUGGUAGACGGAGAGAGCCGAACUGGCCAGAAGUUCUCCUUGUGUAUUCUGACACCUGAAAAGGAGCACUUCAUCCGGGCAGAGAACAAAGAGAUCAUCAGUGGAUGGCUGGAGAUGCUCAUCGUCUACCCUAGGACCAAUAAACAGAACCAGAAGAAAAAACGGAAGGUAGAGCCUCCAACUCCUCAGGAACCUGGCCCUGCCAAGAUGGCUGUCACCAGCAGCAACAUUCCGAGUGCUGAAAAAAUUCCCACCACCAAGUCUACCCUCUGGCAGGAGGAGAUAAGGGGCAAAGAUCAGCCAGAUGGGAGCACCCUUAGCCCAGUGCCCAGUUCUGCAUCAGGUCAAGUCCUCCCAGCCAGCUCAUUGAAAGAACCUGGGCUGGAAAACAAAGAAGAGGAGAGCACCAUGAAUGGUGACCGAAUAGACUGUGGACGGAAGGCCAGAGUGGAAAGUGGCUACUUCUCCCUGGAGAAGACUAAGCAAGACAUGAAGGCAGAAGAGCAGCAGCUGGCUCCGCCAUCCCCUCCCAGCCCCAGCACCCCCAAUAACAGGUAUAGUUACCCAGAACUACCUUUCCAGGAGCAUGGCCGCCCCUUUUCUUCCCCAGGUCCCCAGCCUGCCGGGCGAAUAGUCUACAGCAUCUCCCUGAACUCCUUGGAUUCAGCAAGUCGGCCGCCCACCCACACGGACUCCAGCAGUGCUGGGGGGAGGGAAGCGGAGAAACCGGGGCACCUCUUUGCCUUUAAAGCCAGCAGGCAGUACACCGCUCUAGCCGACGUGCCUAAGGCCAUCAGGAUCAGUAAUCAAGAGGCCUUCCAGGUGGAGAGAAGGCGGCUGGAGCGCAAGAUUCGGGCCCGCAGCCCUGGCAGGGAGGAGGUGGCUCGUCUGUUUGGCAACCAAAGGAGGCGGUCCCAGGUAAUUGAAAAAUUUGAGGCCUUGGACAUUGAGAAGGCUGAGCACAUGGAGACCAAUUUAUCAGCCGGCCCCAUGCUGACUAGUGACACUCGCCAGGGCCGAAGUGAGAAGAGAGUUUUCCCCAGGAAGCGGGACUCCACCACAGAAGCUAUCGCCUCUCCCGUCGGCUCCAUCCCAGAUGUUUCUGCUUCCCCCCUGUCUCCGCACCGAAGAGCCAAGUCAUUGGAUAGAAGGUCCACAGAAUCCUCCAUGACGCCUGACCUGCUGAACUUCAAGAAAGGCUGGCUGACCAAGCAAUACGAGGAUGGCCAGUGGAAGAAACACUGGUUUGUCCUGGCGGAUCAGAGCCUGAGAUAUUACAGGGAUUCAGUAGCUGAGGAGGCGGCUGAUUUGGAUGGUGAGAUUGACUUGUCUACCUGCUGCAAUGUCACUGAAUAUCCAGUCCAGAGAAACUAUGGAUUUCAGAUCCAUACAAAAGAAGGAGAAUUCACUCUUUCUGCCAUGACUUCUGGAAUUCGACGGAAUUGGAUCCAAACCAUCAUGAAACAUGUGCACCCAACCACUGCCCCAGAUGUCACUAGCUCCUUGCCAGAAGAGAAGAACAAAACGAGCUCUUCCUUUGAGAGCUGCCCAAAGCCAAGUGAGAAGCAGGAUGUGGACCAAGCCGAGUUGGAUCCUGAGCAAAAAAGGAGUCGGGCGCGGGAAAGGCGGCGAGAGGGACGCUCUAAAACCUUUGAUUGGGCUGAGUUUCGCCCCAUCCAGCAAGCCCUGGCUCAGGAGAGGGCCAGUGCUGUGGAUUCCUGUAAGACACGAGAACCGGGGAGUUCGGAAAUGGACCUAACGGACCUGGAGAAGGAACGUGCACGGCGGAGAGAAGAACGGCGAAAACGCUUCGAGAUGCUCGAUUCUGUCGACGGGCCGAGCGCAGAGGAUGCGCUCCUUCGGAUGGAGGUGGACAGGAGCCCAGUAUCGCCAGUGGCCACAGAGCUGAAGCCUCAGAACGUCCAUGUCGAGAUUGAGCAGCGAUGGCACCAGGUGGAGACCACCCCCCUUCGCGAGGAGAAACAAGUGCCCAUUGCCCCCUUGCACCUGUCUGCGGAGGACAACAGUGAGAGGCUCCCAACACAGGAGCUAACCUCCUUGUUGGAGAAGGAGCUGGAGCAGAGCCAAAAAGAAGCCUCAGAUCUCUUAGAACAAAAUCGACUUCUACAGGAUCAGCUAAAGGUGGCUUUGGGUCGGGAGCAGAGUGCCAGGGAGGGCUACGUGUUGCAGACUGAGGUGGCCACCUCACCAUCCGGUGCCUGGCAGAGGCUCCAUAAAGUCAAUCAAGAUCUCCAAAGUGAGCUUGAAACCCAAUGCCAACGCCAGGAGUUGAUCAAUCAUCAAAUUCAGUCCCUGAAACGUAGUUAUGGGGAGGCAAAGGACAUCAUCCGGCACCACGAAGUUGAAAUCCAGCGGCUGCAGGCAAGACUGAGCAAUGCUGCUGCAGAGCUGUCGAUCAAAGAGCAGGCUCUGGCCAAGCUCAAGAACGACUUAAAGAUGGAGAAGGAGAAGGUCACAGAGCAGCUGGAAGAGUGGCAGCAGAGUGAAAGCACCCUGAGCUUCCAGCUGAGGGUGAGCGAGCAGCAGCUUCGAAGUGCCGAAGCCCUGCUCCUGGAGAAGACCCAAGAGCUGCGGGACCUGGAGAUGCAGCAGGCCUUGCACCGAGACCAUCAGAAGGAGGUGCAGAGGCUCCAGGACAGAAUUGCUGACCUCAGCCAGCAGCUUGGGGCCAGGGAGCAGGCUCAGGCCCUGAUGGAGGAGAAGCUGCAGAAGAAUUACGAGCUUCUGCUGGAAAGCUGUGAGAAGGAAAAGCAGGCUUUGCUGCAGAACCUCAAGGAGGUGGAGGACAAGGCCUGCGAGUAUGAAGAUCAGCUGCAAGACCAUGAGCAGCAGAUGGAAAUUCUCCAGAAGGAGAAACUAAGUGCAAAAUUCGAAGGCAGUGAGCUCGUGCAUCAGCUGGAGGAGCAGCUAGAGGUAAAGGAGGCCAGCAUCCAGAAGCUGGCUGAGCACAUUCGGAGUCUUCAAGAAGAACGGGAUGAAAUUAAGCAGCGGUUCUCAGAGCUGAUGAAUCAAGUUGCAGAGUCUGACCACAAAGUUGCUAAACUACAAGAAAAACUCAAGUCGUGGGAGGUGGAUUAUCAAACGCUGGAGCAGUCUUAUCAGAAAGUCCUGGAUCAGUUCCAGGGAAUGCACACUGUCCUGAAAGAAAAGGAGGAGGAAUUGAAACACAUCAAGGAAAUGCAUGAGAAAAUUCUGGAGAAGAAAGACCAGGACCUCCAUGAGGCUCUGGUGAAAAUGACUGCACUGGGUGGCAGCCUGGAAGAAACGGAAAUGAAGCUCUUCCAGGCCAAGGAGGAGCUGUUAAGAAAGGCCGCUGACAGCAGCACUAAGGACGGGGAAGAGCCGGGUGCCCAGCCAGAUGUGCAAGAAGACAGCCCUGUGGAGCUGGGGUCAAACCUACAAGCUGUGGGAGCACCGCUUGGUUCUUACCAUGUGCCCCUGCAGAACGAAGAAGCUGCUCCGAAGGAGUUAUGUGGGGAGCUCUUGGAGAGGGGCCUUGAGGAUGCCCUAGCCCCGCUCAAGUCGACGGAGCCUGCAGAUCAGCAAGGGCAUCAGAAAGCCCUCGUGAAGCCCGACGGGGGAGCCCCCGGUGCUAAAAGGCAGAGGAUUCGCUUUUCCAGUAUCCAGUGCCAAAAAUACAUCCACCCAGAAGGAUCAGAAAAGAACUGGACGAGUAGCACAUCUUCAGACACCAGCCAGGACCGGUCACUCUCUGAGGAAAGCAUGUCAUCGGAACCCGUUCCUAGCUGUCUCCCUUCUGGAGUCAGUGACCCAGAAACUUAUAUUUCCAUCAUACAUUCCCUGGAAACCAAGCUUUAUAUUACUGAAGAAAAGCUCAAAGAUGUGACUAUGAAGCUGGAGAGCCAGCAGGGCCAGAAUCAAGAGACUUUAAUUGCUCUUCAUCACCAGUGGGCCGGGACAGAGUCACAGCUACAUGAACAGUUACAGGCCAGUCUGUCGCAAGUUGGUGCCUUGGUUUCCCAGCUAGAAAAGGAAAGGCAGGAAAAGCUAAAGUUGGUAGAAAAUCACGUGGGUGAGCUGGGGGACUUCCAAAUCAAAAACACUCAGGCUCUGACCUGUUUAGAGAAAUGCAGGGAACAGCUCAGAUCUUUGCCAAAGGUGGAAAAAGAACAAGAGCAAGAUUUGUGUAUGGCUACUCUGGCCAGCCUGGAGACCACUUUAUCAAAUGCAAUCCGGGUUUUGCAUCACGUACCGUCCUCUUCAAAUGGCCUGAGUCAAGCUUCGCUUGGAGAAGGCAGUUCACUAAAUGAAGGUCAGUCAGCUCUACAGGUACAACCCCAGGUCCUUGAACUGACUGAGGAAGAGCAGUUGAGGUUACUUUCCCAGAGAAUAGCUUUCGAAGCUUCAUUGAUAAAUCAGAUAGCCGAGUCCUUAAAAAAUGCAAGUUCUGAUAUUUCCCACAUUCUCCAGGAGAUUUACCUGACAGCAAAGGCAGCAAUGGAACCCACACAUGUGGUUAACACAGCUGCAACCUUAGCAGAUAGCUUGUCUAAAAAAUUAAUCCUGGAAGGUGAGUUUUGGAACCAGGUAGAGGAACUCAGUAAGCACUUGGUACCACACAGGGAGGAGGAAGCAAAUAAAUCAGAAGCUGACCAUUUCAGUUUCCCACAAGACCUUGUCACGGCAGUAGCAGAUGCUACAUUGAUCAGGGCAGAACUUGGUGUAACUGCACAGUCCAUGAGGGAGUCGUUUUACCAAAAGCUGGAAAAUAUUGAAGACAACCUCAACAGGACCAGAAUUGCACUUCGACAACACAAGUGUAUGCUAGGGGAAAUCCUGAAAGCCUACAGGACUCCUGAUUUUGAAAGAGUGAUGCAACAGAUUUCAGAAGCCUUUGGUUUUCCUGAUAGUGUUACGGGAGAUGUGCCCAUAACUGGGGACUGGAGCUCAUCAGAAAUGCUGCCGUGUCCAGACUCGGGGGGAUCCCCGGAGUGCCCUGCCUUGCCAGGUCAGAGCAAUGUGGCCCUUAAUGAACAGAUAGCUCAGCAGCUGAAAGACAGGGCCCAGGUCUUAGAGGAAGUAGCUUCUGCUCUCGUCUCACUGCCUGCACUGGAGUCCAUGAGUGACUGUCAACAGCUUCUCAAAGCUUCACAAAGACUUUCAUAUUUUAGUUGCUUAAAUCAUCUUGGCCAUUAUUCUUCUUUAUUAGUUCAAGAUGCAAUUAUUCAAGCUCAGGUUUGUUACUCAGUUUGCAAAAUGAGGCUGGAGUAUGAAAGAGAGCUUAAGUUUUACAAAGAGUCCUGGAAGAACAGUGUGGAUGCCUCGUUCCAUGAGCCAACACGGGCCAUUGUUGCCCUUCGGAUGGAGUAUGAAGAACUUCUUCACAAGCAAAAGAGUGAGUACUUGGAAGUGAUUUCCAUUAUUGAAAGGGAAAAUGAUGAGCUGAAAGCAAAAGUUGCUCAGCUAGACUGUCAGCAGCGAUGCUUGGAAGAAGUCGAAAGCAAGCACAGCGAAAGCAUCUUUGCUCUUCAGGAUCGAUAUGAAGAGGAGAUCCGAAGUGUGGUGGAACAAUUAAAUAGCACCAAAAAUACUUUGCAGGCAGAGAGAACCAGGGUCUUGAGUCAGCUAGAUGCAUCUGUGAAAGAUAAACAGGAUAUGGAAAGGUUUCAUGUGGAGCAAAUGCAGACCCUUGAGGACAAAUUUCAGCUGAAAAUAAAAGAAUUGCAGAUAAUUCAUGAAGAAGAACUUCGGACCUUGCAGGAACAUUAUACCCAGAACCUUCAGUGUUUGCAAGAAACACUGAACCAUUACCAAAGGCAGAACCCAGAAGUACCACCUUCCACAGAACCCCAGUCUAUCCAUCACAUUUGGCCCACAGACCAACUCGAUGGUGCCAUGUUAAUGACAGAAGAUGAGCCAGAUUCUAUGACUGGGCUGAGAGAGCGCAUCCAAGAGCUGGAGGCCAAGAUGAACGUCAUGAGAGAAGAACUGGAACAUAAAGACCUGGAGGGAAAUGCCUCAACUCUGAGGGAAAAAUACCAAAAAGACUUUGAGAAUCUUAAGGCAACAUGUGAACGAGGGUUUGCUGCUAUGGAAGAGACACAUCAGAAGAAGAUAGAAGAUCUUCAAAGGCAGCACCAGCGGGAACUGGAGAAACUGCGGGAAGAGAAGGAUCGCUUGUUAGCAGAGGAGACGGCUGCUACCAUAUCAGCAAUUGAGGCCAUGAAGAAUGCUCAUCGGGAAGAAAUGGAGAGGGAAUUGGAGAAGACCCAUCGCUCUCAGAUCAGCAGUGUCAAUUCAGAUAUCGAGGCCCUUAGGAGACAGUACCUGGAAGAGUUGCAAUCAGUCCAGCGGGAACUGGAAGUCCUUUCAGAACAGUACUCUCAAAAAUGCUUGGAAAAUGCUCAUUUGGCUCAGGCUUUGGAGGCGGAGAGGCAGGCCCUUCGCCAGUGCCAGAGAGAAAAUCAGGAGCUCAAUGCACAUAAUCAGGAGUUAAAUAACCGCCUGGCUGCGGAGAUCACUCGGUUACGAACGCUACUGACUGGGGAGGGUGGUGGAGAGGCUGCUGGUUCGCCUCUCACACAGGGCAAGGAUGCUUAUGAAUUAGAGGUCUUAUUGCGGGUCAAGGAAUCAGAAAUACAGUAUCUGAAACAGGAAAUCAGCUCUCUCAAGGAUGAGCUGCAGACAGCACUGAGGGACAAGAAGUAUGCUAGUGAUAAGUACAAAGAUAUCUACACAGAGUUGAGUAUUGUGAAGGCCAAGGCAGACUGUGAUAUCAGCAGGUUGAAAGAGCAAUUAAAAGCAGCCACAGAAGCACUGGGUGAAAAGUCUCCUGAAAAUACCACAGUAUCGGGAUAUGAUAUCAUGAAAUCUAAAAGCAAUCCUGACUUUUUGAAGAAAGACAGAUCCAGUGUUAGCCGUCAGUUAAGGAAUAUCAGGUCAAAGAGUCUAAAGGAAGGCCUGACCGUGCAAGAACGUCUGAAACUCUUUGAAUCCAGGGACUUGAAGAAAGAUUAGUUGUAUCCCAUUCAACUUGAACACACAUCCCACCUGGCUUGCAGCAGCACAACACAAGCGCUGAUUUUUGUCUGUACCGUAUUUUAUUAUUAUUAUUGUUAUUGUUAUUAUUGUCAUCAUUAACUGUAUGGAUGGAUAAGAGACUGAUUUAUGGAUUGUAGUUCACACCACUUCCUGCUGUGUUGAUUCCUUCAACUCCUCCCUCCCAGCAUCUUAUCAAAUCUUUUCUUCCACUGUAUUCUAGAAUUAGUCAAUGAUUUAGGGGGGGAGGGAGGCGAACAAUCUACUUUCCUCCCAUUCUAGCUGCCUGUAUUAGAAUUCUUUACUUUACUGUAAUUCAUUACACUAAGUGUCAGUAUUAAGGCUCAGCAGCCUAUUGAUAAGCUAGCUCUGUCUUACCGAAUGUAUUGGUAUGGAAACAGGGCCCGGUUGGCGUAUCUAGCUCUGCUGCUAAGUGGCAGUGGUUUGGUGCUCCGAGGCACUUUGAGCCAAGUACGCCAGGAGUUAGUCUUAACUCUCAUUUCUCUGAGGUAAAGCCUGAGGACAUUCUGUUUCUGUCUAGAUUUACAGCACUGACCUACUGGAGAGAAAUUAGAGGGGGAGUUGGAGAAAAGAGGUGGUUUGUAACCAAGAUUCUGCCACCCUUCAUCUCAACUCUGGUAAAGAUUUUUCGGGGGUGGGGGGAGUGGGGAGUGGAAAUGAUGGCAUUUUGUACUCCUUCUACUAAUGCAGCUUAGAACCACACAUCCCAGAAUAUUGUGGCAAAGUACUACAACAGAAUUGUUGAAUCGUUCCUAAUUCUUGUUUGUUUUUUUUUAAUUAAAUCUUGCACAAAACACCAGCUCCCCCUCUCAUUACUUCCUCCGAUCGUUCUUACGGUAUUUUCAGUGACCACCUAUUUUUGAAAUAUGGAUUGGGGCUUUGCAUUGUAAUUCCUACUAUUGAUGAGAAGUGUCUGUUCUAAAAUUUUAACUUCUUUUGAAAUUAUUCCCCAUAUAACCAGGUCCAUGUAGUUUGUUAGAGAGAGGGAGGGGGAAGGAACAUGAGGAGGUGGGUGACACUAUUGGAAUGUCAGUUUUAACAAAUUAUUCCUAAAUUCAACUGAGAUCAAUAGUGACCUACCCUCUUGUAUACUAAAAAAAAAAAAAAAUCCUAGUUAAAAUAAGACAAUACUAACAAUAUUGUUUGAUAUUUUAAUACUUUGUGAAUUAGACUGGAUUUGUUAAAGUCUAUUUAAAUCCACAGGACGAAUAACUCUACAUUGUAAAGUUUAAGAUCAAACCAUGCUUUACCCCAAGUUGAGAAGUAGUUCUGCUGCUUUUCAAAAGUCACAUAAAUAAGAAACGUGUGUUUAUGAUGGUUUCAUCUUUUUUCCUUCUUCUUGGAGCUAAUUUGACACCUCUAUUGCUACAAAUUCUCUUUCAAAAUGUGUUUUAGCUUUACAUGGCCUUAAGUGUUGGGUUCCCCCACAUUUAAACAGAGUUGAUCUGGCUAACCUUUUAUAGAAGGCUUCUAUCUGGCAAAUGGCUAGGUGAUUUAAAAUAUCAUUUAAACUAUCCUGCUCAACCUGCUUCAAAGGACUAACACAACACAGCAACCUGGGAAGGCAGGCUAAAAUACUAAAACAUAUGGAUGGAAAGGGUAGAGAAGUAGAAGGAAUGACCUUUAAUUAUAGUAAAACUCGACUUAUUCUUAUCUUACUUGAACACUUUAAACCUCCAAUCCCACUCACACUAUUCAUUUACUUCUUUUCUUCUAACUUUAGUAUUAAUAUUCUCCCAACUCCUGGUUAAUAGAGACAGCCUAUGCCCAUGAUUAUAUCACGGAAGGGUGAGUUCUUAUGUUACUUAUUGUAUGUAUAAUAGAAACAGAAUCAAGAUAAUAUUUUUAAAAUCUAUAAAACAAACCAUUUAGUGGCAGAGUUACUACAAAUAGUGAAGUUUUUUGAAUGCACUAUUCUCCACAUCCCCUCUUUGAAUAUCCAAAAGCUAGAAUCUCCUUAUUAAGCAGGACAUUAUUUCCUGCUAUCUCUAAAACAAUAUUUUACUUGUAUCUACUGGAAUUGGUAGUGGAAUCCCUGCUUUUGAAGCAGGCAAUUGCUGAAGGUAGUGUUUGUUUGCUUUUGGUGUAGUACUAUUCUUAUUUGCCUCUUGGGGAAUGUGUGGCCCUUCUGAGAGGUAGGCUUUCAAAUCAUCUUAGGAUAAAAAGGAAGUACAGCAGAAGACUAUAAGAUUUGGUCCCAGGAGACAAAUUGAAUUUGAGUUGAGGCACUGCCAAGAAUAUUUACAAUUUUUCAGUGUUGUGUAUAUCAUUUAUUUACUUCUCUAAGAAAAUCAAGCUUUUUUGCAUGUAAAACUUUACAUUUUGUUCUGCUUUUUUUCUAACAUUUAAGAGGUUUGACCUAAGGAAAUUAAAUGAACAUAUUUAGAUUUUAUUUUUUUAGUUGUCCAACCUCUUAAUUCUCAGAGAAGACUGCCAAGUUAGAGAACAGGAAAUGUGUUUAUUUGAGUUUUUUCCUCCAUAAUUCUCUCAAAAAGUAGCCUAGUGUUGAAACUGGAAUGCUGUAUGUAGAAAGAAGGAUAUUUGUGUUAUUGGAGAUGAGAAGAUAGCCCAUCUCUUAGGGUCUUUCCCUGCCUUAAAGAGUUCACUUCAGUUCAACAGACAGCUAUUAAACACCUGCUUUGUACAAGAACAUAUUUCAUAUAUCAUAUGUUUAAUUCAGUAAGUGCUAAUUUUAGUCAUUUUCUUGAGAAAUUUUUUUUUUUUUUUUGCCUGAGAUGCAAAUAUGAGAAAAAAAUUUAAGGAGGCAGAUAAAAACAAAGGAUCUUAUUUCUUCUGCCACCAUAUGAAGAUAGCCUGUACAGAAACACACAUGUAGAUUGGUACAGUGUUUAUAAGACUGGACUUGUCUACAUCCUUUCCCACACAGCUUCAUUUUCCUAGAUUCUAAAGGGAUCAUACUUUUAAAAAAAUUAAGUAGCUAAAAGCCAGCAUCCCUCAACAUUUUUCAUAUAUUAAUCUAGUCACUUAAAUCCAUUGAAAAGCUAGUUAAUGAUACUAAUUCUGGAAAUCAGAACCCCCAAAAUACAUUAGUUAACUUAUUUUAGUAUUAGUGGAGGAGAAGUUUUUUCUUCUUUUCAAGUUAACGGGUUAAUGGGUAAAUAAAACAACCCAUUUCAUUUGGUGGGAGUUGAAAAGGACAUGAGGAAUGUGAUUCAGCAGACAUAGAGCAUAUAACUUUGGGAAAAUGAAUUAUGAUGAGACGAGAAAGUUUAAUUUGAAAGAUUGACAAAAUGGACAAAGACAUAAGACAGUGAAACUGUUGGUGGUGUUCCAAAUAUAGACAAUUCUGUAUAUAUGGGUUGCUGGUACUAUCAGCAGCAGCAGAUAUGUUAACAGAAAUCAAAAGGAACUUUUUUGGCCUAGUAAAUGAAAAUGAAGAGAGUCAACUGUUUGCAUAAAAGAAAUGGUUGAAGCUCUCAUCAAAGAGUCUGAGAGAAGAGCAAGUUACCUCAUAAGAAGCCUAGUAAGAACAUGAAAAACAAAGCCAAAUAAAUGCUGGCUUUAAAAAUUAGAGAUGUUUUCUUUAAGAACUAUGUAAAACACUUUGCAAACUAGAAAGUGCCAUAUAAAUGUCAACUAGUAUUAUUCUAGUCAGCUAGUAUUAGCAUUUAAUGAAAUUUAUUCACUCCAGAAGUAGAUGUAGCAAUAUAAUUUUUGACAUGUUGAAGAAAUUUAAGAACUAUACACCAACUCUCAACCAUAUCAAGAUUAUCUUUAUAUUAGACUCUAAUUUUAUUUGAAAAGGGAGUAAAGGGCAUUACAGUCGAAGUCAGGCUAGAAGUCCCACUCUGCUACUAACCAGCCAAGGCCUUAUGGCAAAUCACUUCUAUAAUAACUUGAUGUUUCACCUCAAAGUUAUUAUUGGCACAUAUAUGAUUUGGAACAAAUUAAAUAACAUUUAAAUAGGCAUUGAUACCGUAACAUGUAGAGAAAUAUGAAGUGUAGUUAUAAGAUCUCUAUUUCCUAUAUAAGGUCAAUCAAAUUCAAAGUUGUAAGGAGGAAAGGAAAGUUCCUUUAAUCACAUUUAAUACAAACAGCCACAUAAAUGAUCAGUUAACUACAGACGAAAGCAAAGAUUUUAUUAUGCCUUUUUUCUAAAAUAAUGGACUUGGUUCUCAACUAAGAAUUUAAAUUGUAGUUAGCUUCACUAAACCUCAGUUAUCCUGAAACAAAGACACAGCCCCUGAACUAAAAGCAUCAAGGAAAACUAUUAUUUUUAUCCUAUUAAGACAGACAAUAGAUGACAGAGAAGGAACACUGAGCAGAAAAGUACAACAGCCUGUGGCCAUUUAGGUAUGUAGCAAAUGGACCUUUUACAACAAUAAAUUUUCAAGAACAGCUGUGUGAUUAUCAAUUAUAUUCAAUAAUAACUUCUGUUUUCAAAGUCAAGGAAAUAAUAGCCAUUGUUGAUGAAAACCUUUAAAAUAUUAAAAGUGAACAUUUAGCACUUUAUUCAAUUAGAAGAUUCAUUUCCUAGGUAAAUGAGGUAUUACAAUAUUGAAUAGAAGAAUCUUUAGAUAUAAAUGGCUUCACUCUUCAGAAUUCAAAUAAGUUAGGUUUGACUGAAAAAAAAGAUCCAUUUCAAAUAAAAACACAAUCUGUUUCUUUCUGAUAUCCACAUAAGCAGCCUACUCACAAAAUGAUUUACACUUAUUCAAAACUUUUAUUGUACUUGGUAAUAGCUUUUCUAGAAUCUGUUAUAGUAAAGGGGUACAUAAUAUAUUUUAAUUGUUAUGUUUCUAAAUUUCAUUCAUCCUGGAAUCAAUUUCUGUCAUUUUUUCAUUCCAUUAACAGAAGAAAUAUACUGACUAAAAAAGGAAUAGAUCAUUUUCACAUAGAAUAACCCAAACAUUUCUUAAAGUCAACCAAAAAUAAUGCUUACAAGAUAUCCUGAUGAGAAAUGUAUAUUAUAUUGUUUUAAAAGAUCUUUAAAAUUAAUUUUUUACUCCAUUCUUUUUCUUUAUUCCAAAAUGAAAAAUGCGUUUCCAAUAUUUCUAGUAAAAAGUCAUCCUAUUCCCCCAAAUUUUAUCUUCAAUUUCUUCUCCGAUUUUUUAAGACUGAACAAAGUUUUCUCAGAUUCAUUAUAAUAAAUUAUUGAAUGAGCUAUUGCUUAUGAGUUUUCCAUUAAUCAGAUGGCAUAUAAAGAAUAAGCUCUAAAUUUACCACUAUUAACAAAAAAAGUUUUUUCUCCCUCUUCCACAUUACCAAAAUGGUCUUUUAUUCCAUAUCAUCAGUACCCCAAAACUCUAUUUAAAAAAAGAUUAAGCUCAAAUACUCUUCUUUCAAACUCUGAAGUAGGUUUAAAAAAAAAAAAGAAAUCUUAACUUUCUCCCACACCUUUUCCUCAAAUAAGAGUGUUCUGUAAAACCCCUGCUAUGCCCAGAUAUCUACCUAUUUCAUGAUGGAUUUGUCAGUAUAGAAGCCAUUGUGUCUGAAAUGCCCUUAAGGAAUAAACACAAUAUUCUUUUGGGUAUAUUGGGAGGGAAAUUAUACAUUUAUAUCCAUAUAAACACUCUUAUUAUUUGCAAGCUGCUAUAUUUUAAAUACUUUUGAAUAGAACCAGAAUGUUUAGAAAAAAAACUUUUUUUCAAUUCUUUGAUAGGAAGUCCUAUGAAUCUGAAAAAAACUUUAUGAAAACAUUAGUAUUUUCAGGUUUUGAAGAUUUUUUUAAAAAGGGAUUUUGGGGGGAGGGCAGUGGAAGUUGGGACAAGAACCUGUUUCUUAUAAUAACAGAAUUUCUGUUUCCUUAGCAAAAAUAAAAAUGAAAAUAAAUAGAACCAACCUUUCUGCUGUCUUAAAAGCAGCAUGAUGAAAUAUUUUGUUUAAAAUACAUUCUUUAUCAAGUUCCUCUUAGACCACUGCAUUUCUGUGAUUAAUAUGGAGUAUACCUACACAUUGUGAACAUUUUAGUCUCAUUCACAUUUAUGAUAAAUUGCAUUUUCUCUUUUUGAAGACAGCUUUUUCUUCAAAAUAACUUAAAAUCUGUAUAGUUUUCAAAGCACACACUGUAAAUAUUUAUUAUUCAAAAGUUAGGUAGAAAGGGUUUUGUGACUUAUCUUUUUUUUAAAUAAAAUCUAAUACAGAUGGUUCCUUUUUAAGAUUGGAAAAAAAGGUCUGGGUAUGAUAUUGAAUGAACCCAGCAUUAGGAUAGUUUUCAAUGACUGUUUUAAAUUAUCUUUUCAAAUUCUAUGCUGAAUAUACUUGUCAAAUAUAUAAUGUAUCUGAAAAGUAUAAUCCUACAAGGAUUGAUUUUUUUUUUUAAUUGAAAGAAUUCAGUAAUGUUGUACUUGAUAUAUAUGGCAUUAACCCUCUCUCUGCAUAAAAUUUUUAAAAUGAAGAAAGUUGCAUUUAGCGGAGAGCUGUAAUGUGACAAAAACUUUUUUUUUUUUAACAUAACUUGAAAAGUGUUACAGGAAGGUAAAAUAUAAAGUAUAGUUUUAACAUCAGGGAUGCAAUUAUCAUUUCUCCAACAUUCAAGAUUAUUAGGUAGGGUUGUAGGGAAGAGAUUUACCAAAUCUUCAAUUAUAAAGUUUAAAUAUGUUGUAAGCUGAAAUUUAUAUAUGUAGGUAUUUUAUUUCUAAUGUGUUGUUUUAUAUCGUAUCAGUGUAGAAGUGAUUUAAUUGCAAUAUAAAGUAUUUUGGAGACCUGAAGGCUAAAAUAUAGGAUGACCUGGGAGAAUAUUAAAUAGCCCUUAUUUUAUGCAAAUAAGAUUCCUCUACUGAAAUAACCUAUCCUGUCUCUGGUCUGCACUUUAAAAAAAAAAAUUACCAUAGAUGAAUGAAGCUAUAGAAGUAACAAAUUUAGCCAUCAGAUUCUAGUUUAUCAAACUUAUUGUAACUACCCUCUUUAUUUUUCCUAGAGCAGGGAUUCGUAGUUUUUUGUUUUUGUUUUUGUUUUUGGUAUGAUUGACCUCUUUGAUAGUCCAGUGAAUCCUAUGGACCACUUUUCAGAAAAAUGUUUUUAAAUGCAUAAUAUACAUAGAAUUACAAAGGAAACCAAUUAUAUUUAAAUAUAAUUGAUGAAAUGCUUUUAAAAGUUCAUGGAGUUAAAAGUUAAGAAUUCCUGUGCUACCAGAAGAAAGAAGAUGGCUAAGAUAAAUACAUUCACUAAUAGGUCCUUGUAUUCAUUAUUAUAAAAUAAUGUAAAUAUAUCUUGGCUUGAAAGCUUUUAGAAUUCACCUCUAUCUGACUUGCCUGCUGACUUAUUCUUAACAGUAAUUCAAGACCAAGAAUUAAGUAGUGAGAGGAAAUCAUAUGAUUUUCUAAGUAAUAUUUAUAAAAUGGUAAGCAGUGCACUGUGACACUUAGGAAUGAUAAUAGCUUGAUCUUUUUUUUCCCUCUUCUAUAUACUCUUCUUUUUACAUAUUUUUUCCCAACACCCUGCCUCAUACUUAACGAAAGUAGUAAUCAAUUAGGAUAGAUAACCUUAAUUGAGAUAUUAAAUUGAUGAGAUAGCUCUGAAUUAUAUGAACUUCUAAGAGAGGAAAGAAAAUUUUAUCUGCUGUAACAAUAUAAAUUGGAAAUAUUCCACAAUAUUGCUUAAAAUGACCUUAAAAAUCAUAAGCCACUGCUAAUACCCAAGCGUGUAUGUGUAUAAGCAUACGCUACUGUAGUAGUAUACUUUACACAGUGAUUAAUUAUUGCACUAAUAUUAAAUGUUCUGUGCACUAGAUUUAAAAUUUUGUGAAAAAUGAAACUGGUCCAAGAAAGAAACGACAACAUUCUGACCAUAAAGCAUUAUCAUCUGUAAAUCAGAUAUGAGGUAAAACUCAUGUAUAUAUAUAUGGUUAGCCCUACCCCAUUGGUUUAUAUAUCAACCCCCUAUCAGAGUGAUUUCCUUUUUAAAAGAUAGUAAAGGAUGCUGAUCUGCUUAAAUAAGGCUUCUCUCCCUCCUUUCCUUUUCAAGUCAAUACAUACAAUCCUUUGUGCUUUUUAAAAGCCACUGUUCCCGAUCAACUGUUCACUGUAAUUAAAACAUUUACUUUGUCACAAUAUUUAUUCCUUAAGCCUUCUGUGACAUGCUAGAUUCCUGUGGAUGUAGCUGAUCAUUUUUAUUUUGUAAAUAUUACUUAACUUUACAUAAACUAUAUCAUAAUAAACUAUUUUUGCACCACCCUU